UGAACGAAUCAAAAUUACUAACAAAAAAUUAAUUCUGGCUACCUGUGUGAAGAGUGAAUUACAUUACUAAUUGAAAGCGAAUAUGUCGGAAACAUUUGCAAAGGUCGUCUACGGCACCGUGCUGCUGGCGAUGAUAUUGCAAACGCCUAGGGUGUCCAUUGUAAUCACAUACGAUCCGAACCGCUCUUAUCACUUCAAUGCCGGGGUCAACGGGAUCCGGUCGAGUUUUCUGGUCGCCGCACUCUUCACUAUGAUGGCCGUGCUGCCCGUUCGCGAGUUCAGUGGCUUCAUUAAGCCAGGCAAAAAACUGUUCCUGAUGCUAAUCUUUCCGUGGGUAUCCACCUGCUGUAUGAUGUUUGUCUCCAACUCAGUGCUGCUGCUGAGGAUCACGGAACGAAUGCUGGUUCAGAACUCCUGGAACUGUUUCGCCAAGGCUCUGCUGGCCUAUUGCGCUCUUUUCGGAUUCGCCACGGAACAGAUGCUGCACUGGUACUCCAUCUAUCAAUACCAUAACUGGCAACACGCCAUCCAUGAAAAGUCCCCAGCUGAAUAAGCCUGUCCCUGAUGUGUU